AUGGACACCUCCGAGGGGCCCGCGGGCCCCCGAGUCAAGGCGGAGACGCCCGAGCACUUGGCCAGCACUUCUCUCGCUGGCGGCGGAGGCGGCGGUGGCGGCGGCGGAGGCGGGGGUGGGGGCGGCAACAACAACGCGGGAAUACAGAGCGCCGGUAGCGCCGGUGGACUCUUCGCCGGUAUUGCGAGUAGCAAUAAGCGGCCACGACCCGACGACUGGUUGGCGCCCCACAGUCCCAAUUCCCCCGAACCCCUGCCGACCCAGCAUCCGCUUUACGCGACGCCUCAACAACAACAGCAGCAGCAACAGCAGCUCCAUCAUCACCAGUACCAAGUACCCCAGCAACAGCAACAACCCCCCUUGGCCCACUCCACCCCGCUCACGCAAUCUCAGACACAGACUGCACCGACUACACAACAGCCUCAGAUCCCACAGGCAUCGAACAACAACGGAUAUGCCAGUCCGUUGAGCUCAGGCAGCUACGAUCCGUAUAGUCCCAACGGCAAGAUUGAACGUACACUCAAGGACAGUGAUUCGGUGACGGCUAAUUUCACAGACAAGUCGGUUACGUUGGCAAUGGAGAAUCAGACCGCAGCGCCACCGCCGGCCGGUCGCGAAAAAUCGGCUUAA